AUCACAAAGGAUGGUAGGGGAAGAACAGAGACUGAAGGAAUGGAAAAAAACUUCCCAAAGGCACAAUCUUCAACAUGAAUUGAAAGAGUAUGGGUAAGUCAAGUCUUACAAACCUGUGGCAAGAGGUGAAGAAAAUCAUAACACAUAAGCGUUGCAGUGCCUAAGUGGAACAUGAAGAAGAGGUGACGUGCAGUGAGGGCAGUGUUGAGGUUAAGUGCAGCCUAGAUGCUGUCCUAAGUGGAGAACAUGCUUUGUCCCAUCUUCGUGGUGGGUAGUAAUGCUGAAAAGACUGUCAAGAUCAGAACUCCUUGACCUGAAUAAGAUGAAAAGUCAAAGGAUGGAUUGUGCUUAGAUGUGUUUUAUCCCAGCAAAUAAGCCAGCCUUCGAGAUGAACCUGGCCAGUUCUUCAAUGACUGAAUCACCAGUUCUCCAGUGACUGCACUUCAAGAUGAAGGAAUUGUACAAAAGAUGGAGAUAUGGGUCAUUUACUAAGCAAGAAGAUGAAAAAUAGAGACAAACUCAGGCCAAGAUACAAAAAGAGCUAUAACUAGAAAGGAUUAUAAAGCAGAUGAAGGGAUCAUCUUUAAAGCAUUAGAGGAAUGAAAAGGCUAAGGAAAGGAGUAGUCAACAACUGUAAGAAGAGGGAGGGAGAGGGGAACUAUCAACAGGUAUAUCUGAAAGUACGUGAGCGGUGGAGGAAUGGCAGAGAAAGAAGGAUUAGCAUAAAUAGAUAGAUACAUUGAGCAGCUGUCUCCCCUACCAUGUCUUCUGCAGGCAGAGAGUGCUGGUGUUCUUCAUUUAUUUACCUCACAUUACUGAAAUACAGCUUUCUGUAGGGUUAGGUAGGUGCGUGAUGGUAGAAAAGCUACCAGAAAAGAAAAAAUGUUUGUUUCACUGAAGGGUUUUUUUCUUUAUCAUAAUCAUGUCAAGAAUAGAUGUCAAGAAUAGAUCUGAGCAGAGAAGCCCAGUAGCACUUGGGCCCCAGGGAGGGGCAGUGCCAUAGCACACGAAGGAAGAUUUCUGUGCACUGCUCCCCUUGUUUAGCCAACACAUCCCUGGAUACCAGCAAUACUGUUAUCUGGCAGAAACACUUCUCCAAACUCCUUCAAUCAUUCUUAAUGACCAGAACGAGUUUUCAUUAAAAAUAGUCAUCCAGAAUGAUGUUUGUUUUCAAAAUAUAGCCCUGUUUGGCUGGCUGCACUGUCUUCAUCAGCUGAGGUGAGAUAAAAGGGCCAAUGUCUUGGCAGAAAAAGUCAGUUUUCUCAAGAGAAGCAACGCGUGAUUCAGAAGGAGGGCAAAGGAAAGAGGUUUGCAAUUGUUUGGCUUGUGCUUUCUCUGUUCAGUGUGUGCUGUGAGGUGAGAAGAUGGGUCUAGCAGCAGGUAAGCAGCUCCACAUGGUUUCUGAGGGACCUUAGGAGAUCUCCCUGUGUCCCGUGGCUCCUGCAGCCAGAGCCUUCCUGCUGCAAUGGAGGACAAGUCAAGCCAGACAUCAGGACAGAGCAAAGAUGUGCAGAGCUCCCUAACACCAGAAGAGCCUCCUGUCAACUUUACGCACAUCAAGUUGGAGGAGAAUGAGCCCAUAGACUUCAGGACUAAGGAUUUUAUCCUGAAAAAAGCCAGAGAGGUCUGCAAAUGCAAUCAUCAAACCAUCAUCACCUUCUUCUGCCAGCUGUUCCCAGUGCUAGACUGGCUUCCCCAUUACAACAUCAAGAUGCAGUUGCUUGGGGAUGUCAUAUCUGGGCUCCUGGUGGGGAUAGUCGCCAUCCCUCAGUCCAUCUCCUAUUCCCUGUUAGCCAACCAGGAUCCCAUCUAUGGAAUCUACACAAACUUCUUCUGCAGUAUCAUCUAUGUCGCUAUGGCCACUUCACGCCACAACUUUGUGGGAUCCUUUGGAGUCCUCUGCCUGAUGAUUGGGCAGUCUGUGAAUCGGCACCUCCAGCUAGCAGGGUACGAUGACAACACUGACUCUCUGCUGGUGAGCAAUGCCACCUCCUCCAGCGAUGAGAUGGGUACCUGUGACAGGAGCUGCUACGCCAUCACUGUGGCCCUUUCCUUGAGCUUUCUGGUCGGUCUUUACCAGAUCCUGCUGGGGGUUUUACAGCUGGGCUUUGUGUCUGUCUACCUGUCAGAACCUCUCCUCAGCGGCUUUGUGGCCGGCUCCAGCCUCACCAUCAUCACCUCCCAGAUGAAGUACCUCCUCGGGCUGAAUAUUCCCCGUCACGAAGGGGUGGGGUCCUUCAUCCUGACAUGGGUAGAUCUUUUCAGGUACAUCCAAAACACCAAUAUCUGCGACCUGGUCACCAGCCUGGUUGCUUUGGCCAUCAUAAUACCUGUCAAAAUGAUCAAUGAUCGGUACAAGGACAAGAUGAAGGCCCCAUUCCCUGUAGAGCUGCUCGUGGUCAUCAUAGCCACAGUAGUAUCUUACUGCUUUAACUUUGAAGAGCGAUACAAGUCUUCUGUUUGUGGGGCCAUCCCCACCGGCUUCAGAAAACCCACCCUACCAGAUACAAAGCUGUUUUCCAGCCUGGCAGUCGAUGCUCUGCCCAUUGCUAUUAUAGGCUUUGCUAUGACGGUCUCCCUGGCGGAAAUCUUUGGCAAAAAGCAUGGCUAUGCUGUCCGUGCCAACCAAGAGAUGAUCGCCAUUGGCAUGUGCAACCUGGUCCCAUCUUUCUUCUACUGCUUUGCUAGCUCUGCAGCCUUGACCAAGACUUUGCUGAAGGAGUCCACAGGGACCCAAACGCAGCUCUCUAGCCUGGUCACCUCCCUGGUGCUGCUGCUGGUGUUGCUGUGGAUCGCUCCGCUCUUCUACUCUCUGCAAACUGCCAUCCUGGGGGUGGUCACCAUUGUCAACCUGCGGGGUGGCCUGAGGACAUUUUGUGAAACCCCACGCAUGUGGCAGCUCAGCAAGCUGGACACGGUGGUGUGGUGGAUAACCAUGCUGGCCUCCACGCUGAUCACCACAGAGAUAGGGCUCCUUGUGGGCGUCUGCUUUGCUCUGCUCUGCGUCAUCUUCCGCACGCAGAGACCCAGGGCCGCGCUCCUGGGCAAGGUCAGCAACACAGAAAUCUACGAAGACCAGUCUGCUUACAAGCAGCUCAGCAGUAUUGCCAACAUCAAAAUCUUCCGCUUUGAGUCGUCCCUUUACUAUGCCAACAAAGACUAUUUCAAGACUGCGCUCUACCAGAAAACUGGGGUCAAUCCUGUCCUGCUGGCUGCCAGGCAUCACAGGGCAAAGACCCGGGCAAGAGCAGAAACAGGCAACAGGAAGAGCAUUUUUAACACUCUGUUUGGUUGCCUGAAACCUUCCAAGAAACACGUGGAGAGGUCACCCACAAGCGUCUGCCUGCCAUCCCUAGAUAUGCACACCCUAAUCAUUGACUGUGGGGCUAUGCAGUUCAUAGAUACCAUGGGUCUCUCCGUGCUGAAAGAGACGCACAGUGACUACCAGGAGCUCGGUGUCCAGGUGCUCCUGGCCAACUGCAACCCCCUCCUCCGCCGCCGGCUGCGGGAUGGAGGCUGGGCUGCUGGGGCACACGGCGGCCAGCCGGCUUUCCACAGCGUGCACCACGCGGUGCAGUUUGCACAGCAGUGGUACCACGAGCAGCAGCAGGAGAGCAGAGAGAGAAGGGAUGCUGCCCCGGAUCCUGAGGACCUGAGCGUCCAAGCGUCUCUGUAGAGCUGCACGUGAGGAAUGAUUUCUGAUGAGCUGGGCUUCACCGCAAUUUUAGGGUGGUUUUUUUUUGUUUGUUUGUUUGUUGUUUUUUGCCUUUUUUUUUUUUUUCAAGCAGAGCACUGAAAAAGACCUGUUAGCAGCAAGCACGGAAUAAACGGACAAGGGAAGCGCGGAUUUCAAGGCCAAUAAUCUGAGAGGCAUUUCAAGGUCAGCCGCGUCGGUAAAAAGCCUGGUGGCUUCCCCUCUGCGGAAAGGACUUGCCAGCGACAGGCGGCACACAGCCGUGCGGAGCCACCGCUGCUGCGGUUCCGGACUCUCGUGGGCG